AUAAAAGCUCCCCGGCUAGCAACCAGUGGAUCUCUCUGCGGCUCCGAACUGCUCAUCCCGACCUCCUCUCAGCUUCAUUCCACUUUAUCCCAACUUAAAACUUCAUCUAACUCAUUCAAAACCGCAAUGGCUGCUUAUAAACUCGUCCUCAUCCGUCACGGGGAGAGCAACUGGAACCAGGAGAAUCGGUUCUGCGGAUGGUUCGACGCGGAUCUGAGCGAAACCGGAGAGAAGGAGGCGAGGAGAGGCGGCCAGGCCCUGAAAGACGCCAACUACGAGUUUGACAUCUGCUACACGUCUGUGCUGAAGCGUGCGAUCCGGACCCUGUGGCACGUCCUUGACAGCAUCGACCAGAUGUGGGUCCCGGUGCACCGCACGUGGAGACUGAACGAGAGGCACUACGGUGGCCUCACGGGGCUAAACAAGGCAGAGACCGCCGCCAAGCACGGAGAGGCACAGGUCAAGAUCUGGAGACGCUCUUUUGACAUCCCCCCUCCCGUCAUGGGCCCCGAUCAUGACUACUACAAUAUCAUCAGCAAGGACCGCCGUUAUGGAGACCUGACCGAGGACCAGCUGCCCUCCUGUGAGAGCCUGAAGGACACAAUCGCCCGUGCUCUGCCGUACUGGAACGAGGUCAUCGCUCCUCAGAUCAAACAGGGCAAGAGGGUGCUCAUCGCCGCGCACGGAAACAGUCUCCGGGGCAUCGUCAAGCACCUGGAGGGCAUGUCCGACGAGGCCAUCAUGGAACUCAACCUUCCCACAGGAAUCCCCAUCCUGUACGAGCUGGACAAAAACCUGAAGCCCGUCAAACCUAUGCAGUUCCUGGGAGAUGAGGAGACCGUGCGCAAAGCCAUGGAGGCUGUGGCUGCUCAGGGGAAGGCCAAGAAGUAAAGCAGCCUGCUGAUUGUUCUAUAGGAUUGUACACCGCUAAGACACAUCAGAACAGAGUAGGGCAGAGACGAGCAGCUCUUAAGAGAAUGUGAAAGGUAACUGUAACAUUAGAGCACUUGUAUUUUAAAGCUGCACUAUGUAACUUUUUGGCUGGGGUCCAUCACCUGCUUGUUGCUAUGGAUAUGUCAUUGCUCUGCCUGGAAUGUUCCACAAUAUCUCAUUAAACAGAUCUACUUUACAUUUAUUCAAUUACAAGUGGUUUUACAGCUCAAAAUAACUAGGAAAAAAAAGAUGAAAAGAUUUAACACCAUACUGUGAAGCAUUCCAGACAAUGCAAUAACAUCUCCACUGAGAAAAGCAUUUGACGAACCCUCCACCAGAAAAGUUACGCAGUGCAACUUCAAGCAUAAAUUCUUCCAUGUAUAUUUUGUUUUGUAAAAUCUAGCAAAUGUAUUUUUAUCUAAGAGUAGUAGGGCUGUAAGAAAUUCUUGGUCGACUAAAAAGGGGGCUCUCAAAACUAUUGCGUGUCUCUGUGUACAGUAUCUGACCCAAACUGCACUCACAAGACUACUAAACUAUUUAUGCACAUCAAUGUAUUUAUAUAAAGACAGAUUAAACUUGUGAAUCUUGUGAGUUUUAUCUGCUUUUUAUAUAAAUGGCAAAAAAUACCAAAUCUUCCGCUAAUUCACUAAGUUCCCCUUUCUGCUGUUGUCCCAUUUAAACUACAGCCCUAAAGAGUAGGCUAUGUAUUAAAUGUAAACUCUGGAAUAGUGUUAAUUGAUUAAUAAUUGCGAACAUGCACUGUAUUUUUUAAUUGCUACUGAUUAGUCAAAAGGAAAUUUCAAUAUCAUAUUUAUUAUUUAAUGUUUGCAUCUGUAAGAAAAUGCAGAAAUCUAGUUGAUGUUUUUUUUGCAAUCUCUUGAGAGCCAGAUAGGACCAAAAGGUCAGUUCAUGUCUUAAUACUGUUUAAAUCAUAUUUUAAAGGUGCAUUGUGUAACUUUUGUGGUGCAGGGUCCAUCACCAGUUUGUCUCUAAAUAUGUUUUUGUUUUGCCGGGCAUGUUCCAUGGUACAGAUUAAACUUAUCUCAAGGGAGACAACUAUAAGCUAUAUUACAGGUAAGAUCUGUGAAGAGGCAACUUAUUCUAUUGUAUUUUUUAGCAAUACAAACACCUGUAAUGAAUAAAUGAAGAUGAAACAGAUAGAACAGAUGUGUUUAACGUCUUACCACGGAACAUUCCAGGCAAAGCAAUAACAUCUCCAUGGAGACAAGCAAGCGACAAGCCUUCCACCUUAAAAGUUACACAGUACACCUUUUAAAGUUGAGCUGUCAGUUACUUUUCCUUUGUCUGAUUGUAAGUCUGUGCUGCUGUUAGUGUUGUAAACGGUCCAUUGUUAGGGUUUUGGCAUAUGUUCUUAUGGUGUUAUUAAAUUGUAUGUAGAUUUGGGGAACAACCCUAGACUGUAUAAAGAAUAUAAAUAUACAGUAUGGGAACAACAUCUUAAACUUGAAACUAUUCCUGUUGCUCACAUAAUAUGAAAAGGUUAAAGAUACCUGCUGAGUGUGCUUGACUUCUUGUCUCAUUGUGCAAUAAACAUUAUUACAUGGCA